UCUGUGGGAGGGUGGCUGUUGUUGGGGCCGUCGAGGCGGCGGCGACUCUGCGCCCCCCGGCUCCGGAUGGAGGCGGGGCCGCAUCCCCGGCCGGGACACUGCUGCAAGCCUGGCGGGCGGCUGGACAUGAACCAUGGCUUCGUGCACCAUAUACGACGGAACCAGAUCGCUCGGGACGACUAUGACAAGAAGGUAAAGCAGGCGGCCAAGGAGAAGGUGAGGAGGCGGCACACGCCCGCGCCGACGCGGCCCCGCAAGCCAGACCUGCAGGUGUACCUGCCGCGACACCGAGAUAUCUCUGCCCACCCACGCAACCCAGACUAUGAGGAGUCCGGUGAAAGCAGCAGUAGUGGAGGCUCUGAGCUGGAGCCUUCUGGCCAUCAGCUCUUCCGCUUAGAAUACGAGGCAGACAGUGGAGAGGUCACAUCAGUUAUCGUGUAUCAGGGCGAUGACCCAGGAAAGGUGACUGAGGAGGUGUCGGCACACACGCCUCUGGAUCCACCCGUGCGAGAAACCCUCAAGCUGCGUAUCCAGAAAGAGAUUGCAAAGCGCCAGAGCCGACACUGACCAUGUUGAAGGCGUUCUCUCCAGGCUGGAUUCACUGCACUCGGAAGAAUUCUGCCCAGGAAAUUUAGUGUGGGGGUAUCAGGACCAGUUUGUCUGAUCUUGAGACCCCCAGAGCUGUUGCAUCCAUAGGGUGUUGCAGGACUACACCUGGCCUGCUUUGCAGUCAUUCUUUCUUAUAUGUUGACCCAUUUACCCAGCCUGAUAUUCUGUAAUUUUUUUUUUUUGGGGGGGGGGGGGG